CAAACCAUCACCUUAAGUUUCGUUUAUAUUGUUUUACUUGCAGUAUUUUGCUUGUUUCAUGGCUUUUCCAACAUCAAACGCUCAGCAAGAAACAAACCGCAAAAUCCUGGAGCAGCUAUCGUCUCAAUUGCAGAAGAGUGUUAGUGUUGUUGGCUUGGGCAACACGGGGCCACUGAACACUGCUAGCCUAAGUCAGAUGCCCGCACCGCAGCUGCUUGGUCAAGCGACUGCAGAUUUUCCACAGCAGGCACCAGUGCCCAAUGCCAGUAGCAUCGCUGCGCCCCGCUCUGCAUUUAAUCCAACAAGUUCUACGACAUUGGGAUUCUUCAUACCCCAGGACUCGUAUUUUGGAAAUAGUUUUAUACCCGUUCUUCCACGUCUAGAGCCUUUGCCAACAGCACCAUUAAACCACAACGUUACCAAGUAGCCUCAAGAGAACAACAAUAUGGCGCGCCUUAAGUUAAAGAAAAUAGAAGAAUAUUUACAGUGCGUUGAUGGCUUUGUUAAGCCGAAAAUUCUUUUAGAACAGUAUCCAACGCCGCCGCACAUUGCUGCCUGCAUGCUCCAUCACAUGCAGUCUCAGUAUGAAGAUCUUGAGGGUAGGUUUGUUUGUGACUUGGGCUGCGGUUGUGGCAUGCUCAGCAUUGGAGCCGUGCUCGUGGGCGCUCAUUUUACUGUUGGGUUUGAGGUAGAUGGUGAUGCGGUGGACGUUUACCGGACUAAUGUGCAGGAAAUGGAAUUGGCCAAUGUUGAAUGUGUGCGCGCUGACGUCUUGCAGCUGCCGCAGACCAAAUGGGCCAAAGCAUUCGAUACUGUCGUAAUGAAUCCGCCCUUUGGCACCAAGCACAAUGCUGGCAUGGAUAUGCGUUUUUUGGAGGUAGGCGUAAAACUGGCAACUACAGCGGUCUACUCCCUGCACAAGACGUCGACACGGACCUACAUCCAAAGAAAAUGUCAAGAAUGGGGUGCCCGAGGGAAGGUACUUGCCGAACUCAGAUAUAAUAUAGAUGCUUGCUACAAAUUUCACAAGCGACAGUCCAAGGACAUCGAGGUGGAUUUUUGGCGUUUCGACGUUAGCGAUAAUUAGCCAAACCAAACAUUUAUUUUAUUCGCAAAUAAGAUACAUUUAACUGCAA